AUGAAAGUUGUUUCAGAUGGCAUUGUGGUUGUGUUUGCCUUCUGCAUUGUACUUGCGAGUGGCUCGUUGGUAGUGGGGGAGGUGGGUAGUGUUAAGGAUGACAAGCAUUUGAUUCAUCCACCACAUUUGUUGGGGCCUGGGAUUAUCAAGAGAGGGUUUAAGCGUGGUGGAAUUGGUUUUGGUGGUGGUGGUGGUGUAGGAGGAGGCCUAGGUGGUGGCUUUGGAGGUGGCAUUGGUGGUGGUGGGGGUCUUGGAGGAGGUGCUGGUGGUGGCUUUGGUGGGGGUGCUGGUGGUGGUGGAGGCCUUGGAGGUGGUUCCGGUUUAGGAGGUGGAGGUGGAGGUGGCCUUGGUGGUGGAGGAGGCCUUGGAGGUGGAGGGGGAGGUGGUCUUGGUGGUGGUGGAGGGAUUGGCGGUGGAUCCGGUGGUGGUUUGGGAGGUGGGAUAGGUCAUGGUGCUGGUGGUGGCAUUGGAGGUGGAGCCGGUGGUGGUGUAGGAGGCGGAGGUGGGAUAGGUCACGGUGUUGGUGGUGGUAUAGGAGGUGGAGGUGGGCUUGGUCACGGUAUCGGUGGCGGAGCCGGUGGUGGUGGUGGUUUAGGAGGAGGAGGUGGGCUUGGUCACGGUGUCGGUGGCGGAGCCGGUGGUGGUGGUGGUUUAGGAGGAGGAGGUGGGCUUGGUCACGGUAUCGGUGGCGGAGCCGGAGGUGGCGGUGGUUUAGGAGGAGGCGGUGGGCUUGGUCACGGUAUCGGUGGCGGAGCAGGAGGUGGCGGUGGUUUAGGAGGAGGCGGUGGGCUUGGUCACGGUGUCGGUGGUGGCGGUGGUUUAGGAGGUGGUGGACUUGGUCAUGGUGGUGGUGUUGGUUUAGGAGGGGGAACGGGUGGUGGGGGUGGACUUGGAGGAGGAGCAGGAGGGGGAGCCGGUGGUGGUUUAGGGGGAGGCGGUGGUGCAGGCGGAGGAGGUGGAUUUGGCGGUGGUGGUGGGGUUGGAGGUGGUGUAGGUGGAGGAGGUGGAGUAGGUGGAGGAGGAGGAAUAGGAGGAGGAGUAGGGGGAGGAUUCGGCGGUGGAUUUGGUGGAGGGGGUGGCGGUGGAGGGGGUGGCGGUGGUGGCGGUGGAGCUGGAUUUGGGGUUGGAGUAGGUGGUGGCAACUAG